AACUGACAGCUAAUCGUUCCAUCGUCAUCGCAGUGUUUAGUGCUCCCAAGCUCUAAUUGAUAUAAAUAAUUUCGAUUUCUUUAAUUGCUGGAUUUUUUAAAGUUUAGUUUGUUUCGUGAUAACUGCAUAGCAUUAUUUAUUUAUCUAUAAACGUAUUGAAAUUACAAUGAAGAAAAAAAUCAAUAAUAAUCACAGCAGAAUUAGCUGGAUUGGAGCGCCUUACGACCCUCAGAUAGAACAAUCGUUCAGCAGCAAAGAAUUGUUUUACUACAAAAAAUGUAUUGCUGGGGCUCUUACUUUGAAGAUUGGAGACUGUGUACUGGUUAGGAAUAGCGAUAAGGCUGAUUCGGAUUCAAUCGAAGGUUGUGACGUAGCACGAAUUCUAUUUAUGUACGAGAUCAUUGACGACACACAUGAUGAAGUAUUCAAAGCCAAAGUUCAAUGGUACUCCUGGCCAAAAGAGCUGCCCAAAUAUAUAGCAGAGAAUGAAAACUAUAUUUUUGACUACGAUUAUGAAGUCUUCGAGGACUGCCGUUUUGGAGACGUAAUAAGUAUUGACAACAUCCUCGGUCUUUGUAAAGUCGAAAUUGUAGAAUGUGAUAUUAACGCCUCAGAAUUUGUCGCCAGGAAGACACACAAGCUACCAAUGUAUGUAGCACGCUACAAGCUUGAGAAAAAACCAGACUCAUCGAAAUGGCAAUUGGGACUGUUAAAAGGCGGCGCUACAAAACACGAAACGCCCCGGAAAAGGAAAUCGAUUGUCCAGCAAUCUUAUCGUUCGGGAAGUGUUUCAAAAGAAAUUCAGAACACUCCUAAAUUGAGAUUAACGAGAUCCAAGUCAAUUGAAUGUUCUAGUAGAGAGAAGAAUUCGGAGCUACAAAAUGUUUUAAACGAGGAUAAUUGGGUGGCUAAAGUUAUCAAGGAUGUGGAUUAUUCCUCCUAUAAGAAAAAUUUGACUCACGUUACAGAAGGAAUUUGUGGAGUGGAAUUAAGUGACCAAGAGAACACAUCACCUACUAAAAUGGCACGUUUGAAUAGCGCUAAAAGAAAAUCCGGCCACUUUCGUAGAAAUUUGAAUGCUAGUCUUCGUGGUGGUUCUCCCACAUCUGAAGAAGAUUUGAUGAACUAUUCUAUAAUUGAAGAUGAUUCUAAAAAUAAUAACUUGAAAAUAAAAUUGAGAAUAUCGGAACGCCAAAAACCCAAAUGUGGCAGUCCGGUUACAAGAUCAUCAAUGAAAAGGGAAAUGGAAGAAGAAAAUGUUCCAAUAGAUAUUGAAACUUCUCCAAGAAAAAUAAGGAAACCUGAAGAACCGCAACAAACACCCACACGACCGCGUCGCAAAAGUAUUCUCAAAACCCCGAGCACUAAAACUGUUGAGGCGGUCGGAACUCCUAUACGCAAUGUUCAGCUUUCAAAUAUUGUAGAAGAGUUCACCGAGGGUCGGCGUGUUUCGAGGAGAAUUACACGAACUCCGAAGAAGCUGGCUUGCGAUGUUGAAGAGCCUAGAACUCCUAGGUCUAGAACAGGUGCCAAAACAACCACUCAAUCUACGCCAAGCAGCGCAAGUAAGAUGAAACUCAUUCGAUCGGGAGCUAUAAAGCCGAAAAUUGACAGUAGAACAGCCGCCGUGGAAAUUGCCACUGAUAAUCCGUUGGCUAUGGCACGGGAACGGUUACACGUUUCGGCUGUUCCAACCAGCCUUCCAUGUCGUGAAAAGGAGUAUAACGAAAUUUACAACUUUGUAGAAGGGAAAAUAAUCGAUGGUUGUGGAGGCUGCAUGUAUGUCUCAGGUGUUCCGGGAACAGGAAAAACGGCCACAACGACUGCGGUCAUUAGAUCGUUACAAGCUACCGCUGAGGAUGAAGAAAUUCCGAAAUUCGAAUUUGUAGAAAUUAAUGGGAUGCGACUCACAGAACCACGGCAGGCCUACGUUCACAUUUAUCGUCAGUUAACAGGAAAAACUCUAGCUUGGGAACAGGCCUACAACUUACUGGAAAAACGUUUCACCACUAAAGCUCCUCGUCGGGUUACCACCGUUCUUUUAGUUGAUGAAUUGGAUAUUUUGUGCAACCGACGACAGGAUGUGGUUUACAAUCUGUUAAAUUGGCCUACUCUCAGCUCUGCCCAGCUUGUAGUUAUUACAAUUGCCAAUACGAUGGACCUGCCAGAACGUUUACUGAUGGGGAAAAUCUCUUCGCGACUAGGUUUGACACGUCUCACCUUCCAGCCAUAUAACUUUCGACAGUUGCAGGAGAUUGUCAUGGCGCGGUUAACCGGAACAUCGGCCUUCGAUGCGGAGGCUGUUCAGCUCGUGGCACGUAAAGUUGCUGCCGUGUCCGGAGAUGCCCGCCGUGCAUUAGACAUUUGUCGCCGGGCGACAGAAAUAGCUGACGAUAAGUCGAAACAGAUCGGCAAGUUCGUUAGCGUUUCGAUGGUCCAUGUUCAGCAGGCACUCGCCGAGAUGAUAGCCAGCGCAAAAGUGCAGACCAUUAAAAGCUGUUCCAAGUUGGAACAGUUGUUCUUGCAAGCAGUCACAUCAGAGGUAACUCGUACGGGUAUCGAAGAGUGCAGCUUUCUUGGAGUGUACACGCAGUACGAAUCGUUGGCGGCAUUUGCUGGCAUAAAGGUGCCCAAUCCAGGACGAGCCAUUGCAAUUUGUAGUCGGUUGGGUGCUUCGCGCCUUUUGAUUUGCGAAAACUCGCGUAACGAUAUAUAUCAGAAAAUUCUCCUGAACAUAAGUGCUGAUGAUGUGCACUACGCAUUGCAAGCAUGCAGCUUGAUUUAGUUUUUUUUUUCUAAGUGAUACAAAUUAUUUUUUUAUUAUUCUUAUUAAAUUGACUCAUUGUUUUUGUAAUA